AUGUUGGAGCUUCUGAUGUUCCUUAUCUAUCUCCUCCCAAUGCUGCUUAUUCCCACUCUCUCCUCUCCUCUCACAAAAAGAAAUGCAUUCUUGCUUUUAGAGUGGCUUCACAAUUUAAGGACAUCAAGGGAUGGUUUACCAGAUAGGUUUCUGUCCUCCAUAGAAAAUGGCAGUUGGUUGAAGAUUUCUUUGAGUGGCAAUCCUGGCUACCGCCCGCCAUCAGAGUCGUUCAUGCUAAAGUCAUCUAUCGGGAAUCUUUUACAGAAUGGAUCGGUGCUUGUUGAUAUCCCAUUGGUCGAUGAAAAGUUUUAUGGUGUUGAGUUGAAGAAAUAUGAGGAUGAGUUGAAAAAAAUCGGUGUUAGGUUUCAAGAUACAGAAGCCUGUAAUUUAUUGUAUCUUGGAGUGCAUUAUAUCUCCACUCGGGAAUUGAUCGAAAGUAUAAGAAAAGAAAAGUGGCUUAGGACAUCUCGAGGUGUUAUGACUCCUACCAGUUGUGUUCUGUUCAGCCAGGAAUGGAAUGCUGCUUCACAGAUAAGUGAUAUUCCCUUCCUUGAUCGUGAUUAUUAUGGUUCAGAGAUACUUUCUUUCAAGAAAGAGCUAGAUCUUCUUGGUGUAGGUGUGAAGUUCAACGGGAAUUAUCAGCUUGUUUCAGACAAACUCAAGUCCUCAUAUUCACUCACCUCUCUGUCAUCUGAAGCUUUGUUACUCAUAUUAAACUGUAUAAAAAAUCUGCCAUCAUCGGAUAAGCUUGUGCAAGCGAUUAAAAACAAUAAGUGCUUGAAGACAAACUUGGGUCACAGAUGCCCAUCUGAAUGUUUCUUGUCUAACCCUGAAUCUGAAUGGGGUUGCCUUCUUAAGGUCUUCGGAUCAUUCCCUGUUCUCGAUGAAAAGUUUUACGGGAGGUCUAUCUUUUCUAUGUUGUACGAAUUAAAGAAAAUAGGUGUGAUGGUGGAUUUUGAGGAUGCCAGCAAAGAAUUUACACGUACUUUCAAGCAACAGGCUUCGCUAUCUUCAAUAAAAAAAGAACAUGUCCUUUCGUUUCUGCAAUGUUAUGGAAAACUUAGGAAAUUGAAAGUCAAAUUUCCUUCGGAGCUCAAGAAGUGCAUACGAGAAGAGAAAUGGCUAAGAACAAGACUUGGCGACUACAGAUCGCCAAAUGAGUGCAUUCUUUUUGGCAAAGAUUGGGAACCAGUUAUUCCAAUCUCCUUGCUUCCCUUCAUUGAUGACAGCAACAACUUUUAUGGCAUUGGGAUCCAUGACUAUCACGCUGAGCUGAAGGAUUUGGGUGUGGUUACAGAUUUCAAAGAUGGUGCCAAGUUUGUUGCUUCUUGUCUUUUCUUACCUCAAGAUUGCAGUAGCCUGACUGCAUUGAAUGCUUUUGCCUUGCUUGAUUCUGUCAAGAAACUGAAGGAGAGCAGAACUGAUUUUCCUGAUGGAUUUCUAGAAAAAGUUUCUAAAAAGAAUUGGUUGAAAACUCAUUUUGGCUACAGACAUCCUGACGAGUGCUUGCUUUUCAAUUCUUUCCAUGAUUCUUUCUUGAAGUGUAACGAUGGUCCUUUUAUCGAUGAAGGAUUCUAUGGAUCUCGCAUUGUAUCUUACAAAGAUGAGCUCAAUGCUUUAGGAGUUACCAAUGAUAUAAACAAGGAAUGCCAGUUGCUUGCUAGCUACCUCGAAUGUCACUAUAACUUUGAAACAAUUUCCCGAAUCUAUAAUUUCUUGUCUACAUACAAGUGGGUCCCUGUCGAUGAAGAAAAUAAAAGGAUAUGGAUCCCAAAAGGAACUGAAAAUGGAGAGUGGGUGAUGCCUCAAGCUUGUGUUCUUCACGACAAAAACAAUCUUUUUGGUGAACAGCUGAAGGUUUUGGAAAAUUGCAAAUAUGAGAACACAAUUCUUGACUUCUUUGCCAAGACUUUCGAUGUCAGAGUUCAUCCCUCGGUUGAAGACUACUGUAAGCUCUGGAAGUCAUGGGAAAGUUCAGAAGGGCGUCAAAUCACACACAAAGAGUGUUGCGCCUUUUGGGAGUUUGUGGUGCGAAAUUGGAGCCCAGGAACGGAAGAUACCUUCAAAAACAACUUAUCCAAACUCCCUGUUUUGGAUCCUGCUUCCAAUGUCAUUUUUCUGUUUGACAAGUGUGACGUGUUCAUUGGUGAUGAUCUUUUCUUGACGGAUCUCUUUACAAAAACCUUCUCUCGUCCAAUAUUCGUAUGGUUUCCUCAGCCAAGUCAGAAAACCCUAACCCGAGCCAAGCUUGUGGACAUCUACACCAAACUUGGUGUCCGGAUCUUGUCCGAAUCUGCACACAAAAACAUAUCUGAUGUUGAUCAUGCUGGAUUCGAGCCGGUCAAUUUGAAAGAAAAGAUCAACAAAAAGGGUUUGUUUAAACUCAUUCUUUCCUUUCUUGCUGAUCCUAAUCUGAAAAUCGAGCCGGAGAAGAGACAUGAAGCUGUUAGCCGUGUGCUUGCAAUCGAAGCUUUUGAGACACCGGAAAAGAUGUCGGUCAGAUACAGCUUAACUUUUUCAUGUGGAGAAAUUGUGGAUGUGGAGCCCAGGAGAAUGAUCCAUUGGGACAAACAGCUGUCUAAAUUAUAUAUGCAGAAGAUGGAGAGAUCUUCUGGUCAUAAGAAUGUUAUUGAAUACGCUUCUCAUUUUGCUGAAGAAAUAGCAGAGGGAGUUCUGUGGGAUAAUGAAGAGCUUGUUCCAGAUCUGUGUGAGCUCAUAAGGCUGGGGUUUUUGUUGGAGUUUGAUGAGGAAGCAGUUGAGUUCCUCAUGAAGAUCAAGAAUCUGCAGAUCUUUUUGGAGGAUCACGACUACCUUACUUCCACCUUCUCAUCUUAAUUAUAAGGAGAAACUUGAUAAAUCAGAGAGUUAUGGCGGUGGAGGUUUGUUUAAAGUGGCAGAAACUUAAUUGAUAAAGCUUUUUUUUUGGUAUAGUAUCAUCUAGUGCCACAAUCUCCAAUAUUUCCCUUAUUUUACAUUUCUAAGUUUGGUUUAAUUGUUUUUAAUGAAUGUUAUGGAACAAAUGGUUAUCUAUGUUUGUAGUCUUUGACCUUUUCAAACAAAUCAAGUUUUAUGUCGCCCAAAAGUCAUUCAUAAACAUCAAGUAUGACUGUAUGGUUGUCGUUUUUUAUCCUCGUAAUAUUGUCUAUGGCCAAUAGGCCAUCAUAACUAAAUGUAAAAGCUCCCUAGUUCGAGGUAAGGGAGUUAAACUAAAUGUAAAAGCUCCCCUAAAGUUGAUACAAAACAACAAUUGUUUGUCAGUUAAAAAAAAUAAUAGUCUUAUUCUCAUCG